CAAUCACCCGCGGCGCGCGUCGGUGCGCUUGUCCUCGCCCGCCCCGGCCUGGACUCGGCUCGCUCAUUCCGCCGCCGCCGUCCGCAGACUCGGUCCCUGCUCAAGAUGGCAGAAGCUCACCAAGCUGUGGCCUUCCAGUUCACUGUCACCCCCGAUGGCAUCGACCUCCGCCUGAGCCAUGAAGCCCUCAAACAGAUCUGUUUGUCGGGACUGCAUUCCUGGAAGAAGAAAUUUAUCCGGUUCAAGAAUGGCAUCAUUACCGGUGUGUUCCCUGCAAGUCCCUCCAGCUGGCUGAUCGUGGUGGUGGGUGUGAUUUCAUCCAUGCAUACCAAAGUGGACCCCUCCCUGGGCAUGAUCGCAAAGAUCAACCGGACCCUAGACACCACCGGCCGCAUGUCAAGCCAGACGAAGAACAUCGUGAGCGGCAUCCUCUUCGGCACCGGGCUCUGGGUGGCGGUCAUCAUGACUAUGCGCUACUCUCUGAAGGUGCUGCUCUCCUACCAUGGCUGGAUGUUCGCCGAGCACGGCAAAAUGAGCCGCAGCACCCGGAUCUGGAUGGCCAUGGUCAAGGUCUUCUCAGGCCGGAAGCCCAUGUUGUACAGCUUCCAGACGUCUCUACCACGCCUGCCUGUCCCGGCCGUCCAAGACACCGUGAACCGGUACCUGGAAUCUGUGAGGCCACUGAUGAAGGAAGGGGACUUCCAGCGCAUGACAGCGCUCGCCCAGGACUUUGCUGUCAACCUCGGACCCAAAUUGCAGUGGUAUUUGAAGCUAAAAUCCUGGUGGGCCACAAAUUAUGUGAGUGACUGGUGGGAGGAGUACAUUUACCUUCGAGGCCGAGGCCCCCUCAUGGUCAACAGCAACUACUACGCCAUGGAGAUGCUGUAUUUCACCCCAACCCACAUCCAGGCAGCAAGAGCUGGCAACACCAUCCACGCCAUACUGCUGUAUCGUCGAAAGGUGGACCGCGAGGAACUCAAACCCAUUCGUCUUCUGGGAUCCACAAUUCCACUCUGCUCUGCCCAGUGGGAGCGACUCUUCAAUACUUCCCGCAUCCCCGGGGAGGAGACAGACACCAUCCAACACAUCAAGGACAGCCGGCACAUUGUCGUGUACCACAGAGGCCGCUACUUCAAGGUCUGGCUCUACCACGACGGGAGGCUGCUGAGGCCCCGAGAGCUGGAGCAGCAGAUGCAGCAGAUCCUGGAUGACCCCUCAGAGCCGCAGCCCGGGGAGGCCAAGUUGGCUGCCCUCACCGCCGCCGACAGAGUGCCAUGGGCAAAGUGUCGGCAGACCUACUUUGCACGUGGGAAGAACAAGCAGUCCUUGGAUGCGGUGGAGAAGGCCGCGUUCUUCGUGACUCUGGACGAAUCGGAGCAGGGCUACAGAAAGGAGGACCCCGAGGGGUCUGUGGACAGCUACGCCAAGUCUCUGCUGCACGGCAGAUGCUUUGAUAGGUGGUUUGACAAGUCCAUCACUUUCGUUGUCUUCAAAAACAGCAAGAUAGGCAUAAACGCAGAGCACUCCUGGGCGGACGCACCCAUUGUAGGCCAUCUGUGGGAGUAUGUCAUGGCCACCGACGUCUUUGAGCUAGGCUACUCGGAGGAUGGGCACUGUAAAGGAGACACCAACCCCAGCAUCCCCAAACCCACCAGGCUGCAGUGGGACAUCCCAGGAGAGUGUCAGGAGGUCAUAGAGACGUCCCUGAGCAGCGCCAGCCUUUUGGCAAAUGACGUGGACCUGCAUUCCUUCCCGUUUGACACCUUUGGCAAAGGAUUAAUCAAGAAGUGUCGGACGAGCCCUGAUGCCUUCAUCCAGCUGGCGCUGCAGCUGGCACAUUACAAGGACAUGGGCAAGUUCUGCCUCACGUAUGAGGCCUCCAUGACUCGGCUCUUCCGAGAGGGGAGGACAGAGACCGUACGCUCCUGCACCAUGGAGUCCUGCAACUUCGUGUUGGCCAUGGUGGACCCCACGAAAACGGCAGAGCAGAGGUUCAAGCUGUUCAAGAUAGCUUGCGAGAAGCACCAGCACCUGUACCGCCUCGCCAUGACGGGCGCCGGCAUCGACCGCCAUCUCUUCUGCCUCUACGUGGUGUCCAAGUAUCUCGCCGUAGACUCACCUUUCCUGAAGGAGGUUUUGUCUGAGCCGUGGAGGCUGUCCACUAGCCAGACUCCUCAGCAGCAGGUGGAGCUGUUCGACUUUGAGAAAUACCCUGAAUACGUGUCCUGUGGAGGCGGCUUUGGGCCAGUUGCUGAUGAUGGCUACGGUGUUUCCUACAUUAUUGUGGGAGAGAACUUCAUCCACUUUCAUAUUUCUUCCAAGUUCUCUAGCCCUGAGACAGACUCGCACCGCUUUGGGAAGCACCUGAAACAAGCCAUGAUGGACAUUAUCAGCUUGUUUGGCCUCACCUUGAAUUCCAAAAAGUAAUUCUCCCGAGCCACGCAGAAGGAAAACAGACUUUUGUGAUGCAAACCAAAUGAAGAAUAGGUGUCGCUCCUGACUGUAGGACAGGCAGGAAAUUGCUCUUAUAAAACUCAGUUUUCCUUCCGGAAGGUUUACUGUCUCCCUAGAACAACAGUAGGGUCCUCAGUGUGAACUGUGACCCUACUGCAUCCAGAGAUGGCCUGGCUCCGGGAAUAUUGGACACACCCUCAAGUCUCUUGAAAGGCCUCCUGCUGGAUAAAAGAAUUAAAAUGCUGGUGAAUUCCUGGAUUAUUGGGGUCGUAGCUUCACACGUGUUGGAGGUGACAGAUUUCCCCAGUGGUGAGCCUAUGAAUACCUGGGACUUGAAGGUGCCUGGCUUCACCCAGGCAAUGCAGAGGUCACCUAGUGGAAAGAGAAGUGUCUUCGGAGCCAGUGGAAGUUAACAGCUGUAGCUAACACACAUGUAACACACUAAUGGAAUAUUUGGGCCUUGGGAGUAAGGUUCUGCUGUGGGUGACAGCCAUCAUCCCUUGAGAGUCCGAAUUUGGCUCUCCACAUUCCCAGGAAGCAGAACACCACCUCAGUAUCGCCAUCCUCCCGUGUCUUCAAACCCCAGUGCCUUAAAGACAGGAGCCCCUUGCAAGUGGGGCUGUACAGAAGACUCAUCAUCUGUAAAGUCUUUGCGUGGAUAUGUGAGGAUGUUGCUUUUCUGCAGAGGGAUGCCCCCAGGUAAACACUUCCCCCAGCCCUAGAAGGGACACCUUGGUCCCCGGAGAAGGCAGCGAUGCUGGAGUCUCAUUGCCCGCCAGGUCCACCCAGUGACAGCCAUGUGUCGUCAGAGGGGCUGAGGAGCUUGGCAGGCACAGGCUGCAUAGCCGGAGACCUGUAUAGUGUGGCUUGCUGUAUUUGGCAGCCGGUGGCAAGGGGAGUGGGGCCCUGGUCACUGAGUCAGGAACACUGGCACAGGCAGCCUCGUGGCAGCCAGGAGACACAGAUCCUAGACACCAACGGGCUUACCUUCUAAUCCCACCCAACCAGAGAGGCCUGCUCUCAGAUUCCACGGAAGACUAGGUCCUUUUGGCGACAGACUCAGGGGUCUCAAAUGAUGGGUGCUUUGUACCCAAAUGCCAUCCCCCAGUGGGAGUGCCUUUCUUGAAAGCGCCUGGUGGACUGCAAGGCAACUCUGCACCAAAGUCUGUUUGGUAUUUGGUGUAGCAUAAUGGAGUGGCCUCCCCCUGCCCGUCACCGUACUGUCCUGACAAGCUUAGCUGUUCCUAUUUUAAAUCAUGUAUUUAUUUAUUUUUUUUCUGACCACUUCCAGUGCCCCUCUGGCCUUGCUUGAUUCCUGCCCCUGUGCCAGCAGUAGCACAAAAGUGAGGGGCGGGGUGAUAGGAAGUGACAAGAGGUGCUGGCUAAACAGCUUAUGCGUGUCUUAUGGAUAUACGUACAUGUAUGAAUUUUGUAAUCUAAAAAAAAAAAAUCAUGCCUAAAAGGGCCAAAGUUUUUUUUUCCUAUUAAAAACAAGCAAACAAGGCACAUUAAAAAAAAAAGCAGAAACAGUUUAAACUAAGUCAGAGCCACCUAACUCGCUGUUCAUGAGCACUGACCAACCUGUGUUGCCCCAAGUAGCUCUGCUGGUGUCCAAGCGUUACAUUCCUCUCUCAGUUUCCACUGUCCUUGCUGCUCCUGAGCAGUUACCAAUGCAGUUUUGUAUUCCUUACAAGGCGGAAGGGUGGGCUUUCACUGUAUGUGUUGGAAGGAGGCGGUAAGACUAUUAUGUAUUUAAUUUAAUGUGGAACAAAACAGUCUUACCGUGGCCAAGAUUUACAUUCAGGAUUCUGCUCUGUCCAUUGCAUGUAAAUACCAUAUGCUGUCUGAAUAUAAAUCUUAGAAAUGCAUGUGUGAGCGAACGUAGCUGACCAUUAAUAAAACAUUAAUCCUGUCUACUAUA